GGCGGGCGGCGGCUCCGGGUCCUGCCCCGGCCGCGGCAGCGGGGCGGCCUCCCGUCCCCGCCCGCCCCGCCGGGCCGCGCUCGCUCCGGAGGGUGUUGCCCAACGCGCGGCGGGACGGUGCGGUACCGGGCGGCCGCGGCUCCGGCUCCCGCCGUCCAGAGGGAAGCGCGUCCCGCGGGUGCCGGCGUGCGCGGCUCCUCCCGGGGCUCGGCCAUGCUGGUGUCGCCCCAGGCUCUGAGGGGGUCAGCGUUGCCCGCCCGCAUCCGCCCGCUCCCCCGAAAAUAAGAAAGCCAUGACCGCAGUGCCUCAGGGGCCAGAUCUCAGUUUUUUAAACGAGGAGGAAGCCAGGGCGAUUUUUCGGGUGCUGCAGAGAGACUCGGAGCUCCGGCAGGCAGAGAAGGACAGAGUCAGGUACCGGCUUUAAACACGCCGUCGCUGCCCGCCGCGCCCGCGCGGGGUGUGAGGCGCGGAGCCGGGCAGCGGGGCUUGCGGCGGGGAGCGGGCGGCGGGGGGGCGGCGGGGUCCGCGGCUGCUUCGCCCCGCCGAGGCGAGCGGGCGGCGGGGCUGUGCGGGCCGGGCUGGCUGCGCGGGGCCUUUGGUCCCGCCGGAGAACCGGGAGAGAGUGAGAGCCGCUGGCCAGCGCCGGCUGCUGCGGGGCCGCCCGACCCGGGCAUCUGCAGCAUCGAAAUGUUUGGGAAACGCGUGUUGUGACAGAGACGGUUCUGAGUCACGGCUGCUGCUCCCCGUGGCUCCUCUCCUUCCCCGAGGAGGAGGAGGUGGAGGAGGCCACUUGUGGCUGUCAGUGGGUCGCUGGCAGGAGCUGUGGGCUGAACACUGGUACCCGGGGAGACAGCGGUGGCGCGGAAGUUGUACGGGACCUUGCAGGGAAACGCGGCGGCUCCUCGGCUCCCGGGCUGAUCCCGGAGCCGAUCCUGGCAGCUUUUGGAAACCAAGCCAGGCACUCACCAGACUGAAACGUUGUUCAGAAGACCCUUUCAAGUGGCUUAAAUGAAUUCCCUCCGCAUUCAGCAAACUUCUGAAGAGAAAGAAGUCUGAAACGGGGCUUCAGGGAGUGACUGGAGAAUGGUUUGAAGAAAUACAAAGAAAAAAAUUUCAGAAUUACAGUGAUGUCAAUAGAAUGCUAAAACCACCAUUAGAGCAUCAGCUAAAGAAGAGCAAAAGCACCAAUCAAACAGAAUUUAAAAUGUCAUCCCGCACAAAUCCUCAAGCACAAAAGAACACUUCAGCAUCAUUUCUGGGGUUCAGAUCACCUUUUGCUUGGCUUUUCUCCUUUAGAAAAUCAAGGAAAAACCAGACUCAGAAGCAACCACGAUAUGACGGUUCUGCUAGCUCAUCUCCGAACGUGGAAGAAAUGGCAACAGCUAAAAUGUGUAAUUCCCCAAUGUCGGUGGAAACAAGUGGUCGUUCUCGUGAUGCAAACCAAGACGAAAUGAUGGAGAAAAGUGCACAGGAGUGGAAUGAACAGCUAGAGAAGGAGUUUUUCAGUGUUCUGAAUGAUCUGGAUGACCAGCUGGCCCAGGAACAAGCCCAAGACCCACUGGAAAGGACAGUUUCUUCUGGCAGUGCAUCAAAUGUGCAAUACAGUAGCGCAUUCCUUACUUCAAAGAGGCAGACUGCUAGUAGGGGGCAACACAGACAUGACUGGAGCGACAUGCCUAGCACGUUUUUCCCAGAUGGACUGAAAACAAUAAGAGCCAAAGAUGAACACAAGAUUUUCAUCAGACCGAGGAAGUUACAAAAUGCAUUUAUAAACUGGCACCAGACAACUUUUCCAGAAGAUUACAAGUAUGGUGAUCCAGUCGAUGGAAAUCCUCAUCUGCUAAGCAGCAGGCUGUCUUCCGUUUCUUUCGGACGGUCGUCAGAGGGUAGCUUAUAUCCUCCUUCCAUAACACAGAACAGCGGGUUUAGGCACAAGGGUUGUAUGAACAGGGAUACAGCUGGCAGAAGUUACUCUGUGUGUUCCCUUCGGAGAUGUCCAUCAUCAGUAUCUUCUGACCAGCUAUCGGCAUCUAGUUUACAAGAUCCAUUUUCAAGGGAGAACAACAAUGGUUUUGUACCAAGGUUUGGUCGGCAAAACCCAAAGAGAAUUCCUCUGUCUUCUAUUGUAUGGAACAACACACCAGACUCUCCUGGACAAACAGCAACUCAAGAAACGAUAUUUAGAACCCAAUCACUGAUGGAGUUUCAUGCUGCAGACCACAGUAGAUAUGCUAACUCUUUGCAAGAAACCAAGAAAUACUCAUGUUACCACUCAAAACACCACUACAGAAGAUCUAUUUCAAGCAGUAAUUGCUUUAGUAGAGUUAGUUGCCCUGACACAGCUACUUCUCCUUUGUCCUUUGAUAACUGGGAGAAUUAUCCAUUAUACAAAUCGGAAAAUAAUCUCUCUAGAGCCUGCUGUAGAGAUACUUCUCAUGGCAAGUUGUAUGCAAACCAAAAAAAUUCCGUUUAUGGAAAAAAAGACAGCUAUCCUUCCUGGGCUGAUAUUCCUCCGUACUACAGUGAUAAAGCGUUUAUUUCCCCUGAUGCCAGCUUUGAAGCGAUUACGGCUAAUUUAAAUGACCAGCAGUGGGCACAUAGAAAGAAUGCCAAGUUUGGUUCACAGCAGCUGCAGAACGAUUUUCACAUGUAUUCUCCAGAAAAUACGAAUACCAAAAGAAUAACAAGAAGUGCAAAUAGAAAUAUUUCAGAAUUCACUGAGCACAGUCAACCUUGGCUAAGCUGUAACUCUUCAGUUUCUCCGUCUGGUCUCAGAAGUGAUGAGUCAGUCUUUCCUAAUUUGAAGAACCAAACAAAACAUAUAGGACUGAACAGGAAUUCAGUCGGCGUUAUCCAAAGAAGUACUGAGGCAGACUGUACACAGCUGGAAAAGGCUGAAGGUAUGAAGCUGCCAGAUGAAGACAUGCCAUUACAGUCAGUUUCUCAACAAACAGAUACAAACUACGUCAACACCCGGGGUCUUCCCUCUAACAGCCCUGCUUCUGCCAUGCUGCAAAGAGAUGCAUCUCUCUUUAACACAAUGAGGUCAAAGAGACAAACCCAAGCCACUGCCAGAGGAGAUACUGCAAAAAUAUAUACAUCAAACGGUGAUAAAAGAAAUGUACACAUGAAGGAAAACGGUUGCCCACCCAACAGUGUGUUCAGUCUGCCUCCCUGUAUUUUGCCAGCUGAAAAGAGCAGAAAAGAACCUUUCCUUCGAAAUCAGAAAGAGUUGGAACAUAAUCUACAUUAUGCAACAAAAAGAGAGAGCAUCAGACAGGAUAAUCGGAGUGCUGAAGCCAUUAAUCAAGCUACUCUGACGAGACGGUCGUCACUGCUGAAUGUUGCUUCUGCUCCAUCCACUGAAAAACUAGCAAACUGUCGAGGCAUGUUGUCCUGUCCUCCUAAACGUUUAUCUAGCUCCUCACAAAGCUCUCCACAAGCACUUUCUCAUAAAGACAAUUCUAAAUGUUUAGGAACAUUGACUCGCUCUUCAGUAAAUUGCAGAGUUACUGAAUCUCAAGAAGAAGAUGGAAAAACAGCUCAAAUGAGCAGAACAGGUGUUACCAAAACAAUUUCACACAAAACACUGCAAAAUACAAGCACUUUAGUUACUAAGGACUGUAAUAGACAGUUCACUACUCGUUCUUCACAAAAUGAAAAUUCAGGAAAUAUUUAUAUGCAUAGCUUCGAUGGAGACCCCAAAACCUCUGAACAUAGUUUAAGUUAUUUGUGUCUUGAAAAAGAGAGUGGAACAAAAAGGAGUAAUUCACCUUGUAUUGAAAGGCUUCACAAGCAAGACAGCUUGCUGAGACACAGCAGUAGCUGCAGCGUUACUGGCUCCCCGAGCAGAAACAGCCUCAAAUCUCCUGACCCACUUGUUCUUUAUUACACUUUGCCUAGAAAAUCAGCUAGCAUUGCUGGCAGUGUUAUGUCAGAUACGCCCAUCUCUUUACCUAGAGAAAGCAGAACAAGAUGUGAUUGCAGAGAUUAUGCCUUUUGUUCUAAUCAAAGAGAUGUGUCUUGUUUAGACUCAGAACAUUCCUUUUUAACAUCAGCAUCAGUAAAUGCUGCUAAAAGUAACAAAGAAAAAGAUUACCCCAGUCCUUUAACCAAAAGUCCUAGUGAUUCAGUAAGUAGUAGUACAUCAGUUGAACUGACAGACAGAUGUAAACGUCUAGGCAGAAGAGAAUCCUCUGUGUUUUCAGAUUGUAAGGAAAGGGUAAAUUUUUUGCAGAAAUUAAAAACUACAAGCACAUUUACAGUUUGUGUUGAUGAAGAUCAUGUCAAGUAUCAUGAACUAGUUUCAAUUUAUUACACAUUACCACGGAGGCAUUCAAGAACAUUUUGUAACCUCUUUAGAGAUAAUACAGAGGAUGAAGAUUUACCUUGUCCCAAAGAAAAUGCUCAGUCACCAAGAACACGAAACAACAAAUUCGAAGGUCAUGUGAGUUUAGCAAAUGUUUUCUUCCCCAGUACUCUGGAAAAAGAGGUGCCUUCGUAUUCUUCUGACCGAGUAUCUUUAGCUCCGGUCACACCUCAGAACUUAGGAACUGCUGUCGAUAGUGAAGAAGAGAAUUCACACUUACCUCCUAGUUCUGAAAAAGUAAGUUUUUCAAAGUCAAUGAAUGUGGUACAUAACAGGAAAGAUAGUUCAGCAGAUCUUUCAUUAGCAGAAAAUGUGUUUUCUGAUGUGGUGGCAAAAGAAACUUCAUUUGAUGGUCUACAAUCUGCUGCAACAGUGGCUAAGUCAGGCAAGGCCAUUUCUCAUGCUUCAAGCAGCCAAAAUACAGAAAAUUGUCUAAAAGAAAAAAAGGAAAUUUCUCAAACAGCCCCACCACUCGUGUCCACUUUAUCAAGCCCUCCCAAGCCAGGCAGGUGUUCAGGGAAUUCUUUGUAUUCUGCUUCAACAAAUACAAAUAUUAUGCAGAAGGGAAAUUCUGAAAACUGCUGUCAGCCCCCUAAAGUGAACACCAGUAAAAAUGUGAAUAGCUUCCUCCUCUACCAGAGAGAGAGGAGUUCCCUUGGAAGGAACCGUAACACAGCGCCUGCUGAUGUGCCACUUCCUCCUGCAGAAGACACGUACAGGGAUAGUACUGAAGUCAAACAAGGAGUAAAUUUCCUGCACCAGACCACCCCUCUGUAUAAUAAGUGUAGUGAACUGCAAUUAAGGGCUGACAGCUCUAGAAAAAAUGCGAAUGAUUUAAACUCUUGUAGCAAAGUGCUUUCAGAGUCUCAGAACAAAGCAUCUGAGGUAAGCACAGCUUCCAGUGCUGAUCCAUUACUUGAGCUAGACAAAGUGGUUGGCACAGGUACAGAUGAAUUAAAGAAUUCAAAAACUAAAGAAGAGCAAAACUCACAGAGUACUCAGAUGGGUAAAGAUUAUAGUGGCUUGCAGGAAUCACAGGGGCACAGCGAAGGCAGCCUGAACAUUAACUGCAAAGAUAAAGUCCUCAGGGUUACACAGGAUCAGAAGAUACCGCAGAGUGCGGAAGAUGAGAACAAGCUUCUCUCUGACUGCACAAAAGACAAAGUCAAAGAUAUGGAAAAAAGGAAAAACAGACCUUCAAUUAAAAAUAAACUGGCAGCAGUUUACAAAACAAGUCGAAAAUUUUCAAGUAAAAAUUUACCCCCCAAACCACACAUAAGUAACAUUUUUUCACAGAACAAUGGAAGUGCCACUUCUUUAGAGGUCGACAUGUCCCUUGACUCACUGAUUUCAAUGGAUUCCCAUCAGCCGUUCCUGCAGUUGGACAAUGAAAAUCAGAAUCACAGUCUGAACGCCAAUAAGAAUAUACCAAGACCAACACCAGCUGAGAAUAAGAAGACUGAAAAUCAGAAUGAUCCUUCUUUGCUUGUUAGUAACACCAGCUGGAGGUCUUUGACAAGCUCAUACACCCAGAAGGAAGCCAUCGGUCCAAAUAAAACUACAGGGAAAGUGGAAAAUAGGCCAAGUCUUACAACCCUUUUUCCAGAUAAAACAAUAACCACAAGAAAUAAGAAUUCCCAAACAGCUGAUCUCAGGUUAGAAAGCAAAAGCCAGCCCAUCUCUCCCAGUGUUACUGCAUCAGACCCAUUGGAUGAUGAGAAAAGCAAAGCUAGCAGUCGUGCCAGCAGUGCUCCCUUGCCACUUUUAACAGACAAAAACUCAAACAGGUAUGCAAAUAGCUGCUUGCAGGCAGACGUAUGUCCAGAGCAAAACUUGACUUCCCAAAGAGUGCUUGGUCUGUGUCAAAAUACCUCUCAGGCUCCUGGCCCAAAAAAUGCCAACUUGUGUAGCUAUGAUGUGUGCAAGAGUCAUGCCAAAAGUCAGCGAGAGCGUCGCCUUUCUGAGGGUAUUUGUGCUCAAGAUUUCCAUGAGACCUUUGCCUUGGGAAGCAAUAUUCUACCAAAAGAUGGAAUACAUGGGAAGAGAUAUAAAUCUUACUCAGAGCUGUUGUCUUGUGAUGAAAAUGAAAACUGGGCAUCAGAUGAUGAAAAAUGUUACAACACUAGAAAUUUUAUGUAUCCUUCAGUUGAAUUUGGUAUAUUUGGCAAAGAGCAACAGUUGGCUUUCUUGGAAAAUAUCAAGAGGUCACUCACAGAAGGGCGAUUAUGGAGACCUUGUCUUCUUAAUAACCCUGGUGGUCUCAGAGAUGGAGAGACUCCUUCUAUACACAGGACUGAGCUUUUGAGCUCAAGUUCUGCUGGGAGCAAAAUGUCAUCGGCUGCUUCAUCGCCCCGAGAGCUGACUGAUAUCUAUGGGGAAGACCCAGCAGCUUAUUCGGACUCUGACAGUGAUACCACCACCGAUGACGAGUACUACCUAGAUGAGGUAGAUAAAGAAUCAGAGCUAUGAAGGGCCAGUGGUACUAAGAUGGCGCGAUAGCUCGGUAGCUUCUGGGCAGGCAAAAACAUGUAAAAUACUUUGAGCCAGUUCAUGUGCUGCUAUAAACUGGUACAAUUUCAUUAGUUUUAAAGAAGUUAGUAUGUCAUGUUAGCUGAGCAUUUGACUUUUGUAUUAAAUAUGUGGCUUCACCAUUGUUGUUUCUCCCAGCAGGGAAAAAGAAUGUUAAAAAAUCCCUUCCCAAAAUAAUGGAAGGUAAACAGCUGUGGAGCUUCGGGCAGUGCAACUCCAGAGAUGGCUUUCCUCUGAGUCAGCAGGCAGUGGCUUAGGCUUCUGCCAGCUACACAGUGCUGGAAUGGAUUAAUUCUAGCUUAAGCUACAUUUUCUUACAAAAUUUUACAGAAAACCAAGAGGUUACUUUGCUGAUAAAUUCCUGUUUCUCCAGUUUUCCCCAUUUACCAGAUCAAGAAUGAUAUGCCAAUCCAUCCCACCCGCAAACACCCCCACAAAAUGAAAGCUGUUCCUUUUUUACAGCAUAUUCUGUUAUGAAUGUUCUUUUUCUACAUUCCUGGGAAGCAGAGCAGCAACGUCCCCAGUGGCGUUUGUUCUGCCGUGCAGCUGACGUGGAUUCCACACCAGGAGUUUUCACCUCAGCAUUGCAAGAUCCGUGAGCAGUGUGCAUUACAGACGUGUUGCUGGUGCAUGGGCAACAGCUCAGCAAAGAGCACAGCAAUGGGAAACUCCCCAAAUUCCUGAGGAUCUUAAGAAACACAGCUGAGCACGGAAAUCUGCUCUUCAGACAUGGGAGACUGGUAGCCGGCACAGCUUUGGUUACAGUUGAGAUGAAUGGCCAGAUUUCUGCCUUCGAUUUAGGAACAGGUUAAUUUGCAUUAGUAAUUCAACAUUUCAAACCAUGCAAAAAUGUAAAAAGGUUUACCCUAUUUAUUUCCUGUAUAAACCUCAUAGGUUGAAUCCUAAGUUGUUGUAACUGUAACCAACACAACUUGUUACGUCCCCCGUACUGCCGGGCUGGUCCCGGGGGAGGCACCUGCUGCCGCUGCGGGUUCUUUUGGGGAGCAGCACCCACAGCGCCCGAGAGGCCGCUCAGCUGCGUCACAAUUGCGCCCUGCAGACUGGCAGCUUUUACAUACAAAGGAAAUAAAACCAGUAAGAAAUGCUCGUUGCCUUUUCCUAAAUUACCGCCUCUUUUUGCUAUUUUUCAACCAUUCCUGCUGUCACCACUGUGCUUUUUAUCCUUCAAACUGAACGGCUAUAAACAUUUUCCAGGGGCUCUUCUUUGGCCACACUAAUAAUGGAGUGUUGUCACUCAGUAGCCAAAACUUGUCCCUGGCUAUUAAAUUUCUAACUAAGCUUUGAUCGCUUUUUAUGCAAGAUCAGAAGUGAGACACUGAACCAGAAGAUAGUAUUUUUAAAUAAUUACACAUCUGCUUUAUUUCUAAUUUCACAUACGGUCUAAAAUGAUGAUCCCUAUUUUUGAUACAUUUUUUAAUUCAAUAAAAUUUCUGUAGGAUGUAAGUGUAUUUUUGUAACUGGAAGGACAGUGUACUGGUAUUUUAAAAUAAUAUAUUUUACACAAAACAAGCAAUGCUUGUAUCCCUGACUUGUUAUCAUUCCUCAAGAAGCUAAAAGAUUAAAAUAUUGUAGUAGGUAACUGGUAUCCUUAUAUUUUUAUACUGUAAACUUCGUUAAAGAAGUGGGUCUGUACUUCAAAUCUGUACCAAUAUAUAAGUAUUAUUACUUUACACCGGGGUAAUUUGUCUUUUUUUGUACAUAGAACGACUAAUAUAAACUAUGUAUUUAUAGCCAGAAUUGAUGUCUAGGACAUGCCUGUUUUGGAAGGAUCUAGCAUAUGCUGACAUAGGCAAUGCUGGAAGGAAAUGACUACUCUAUAAUUGCAAUCUUGUGAAAUGUGGUAUUCUAAGGAGAAAUAACAUUUUUUCUGUAAAUGGUUCUAUACCUACAGGAUUCUGUAGAGUAAGACAAUAAAACCAGCUGAGUAUCAUCAGGAAUUGCUGCUGCUGUACAUUUCUGCAAAAUAUGUUAAUAAACAAUGGGGUAUACCAGCCUACAUAAGAUAAAGAAGAAUAAAAUGAACAUUUACGAGGGAAGUAAAUGGUGAUACAGUUUUUUCUUGGCUAGAAGUGGAUGGUUUAGAACAUUUUUUAUUUGUAGAUAUUUUCUACCUGUUCAGCAGAAGUUGGAUUAAGUUCUCAGCUUGUUGACAUAUUUUUUUUUCAUUUGCUGUGCUAUGUAUGUACAGGAAACCAGAUGGCUUGAUUUAAUAUAAACAAGUAAAACUGCUUUUGGUCAUAAAUCAGUUGUGGAAGACUGCAGCCUACUGAGGAUUGUAAACUAAUAUUCACACUGAAUAAUGAUAUACUGCAAAACAGUCAAUUGGGUGAAAAGAGAAGGAGAAAUACCCAUUGAAUAGUGAUCAACUCUGUUGAGUUUAUCAGAGCCAGAUUUUACACCUCUGCUCUUCCAAGCUUUUUCUUUGGUAAAAGUAUAUUCUAUAAAUGUUCAUAAUUUAUAGGAUUUUCAUAUUUAAAAUUAUUUGUUAGAAAUAAAUUCUGCAUUCAAAUGAAAAA